CUAAUCAUUUCUUUCUUUACAUUUACUUUUAUUAUCUUGAGUUCUGUUCUGCGCUUAACAAUUUCAUUCACAAAAUGUUUCAAAGAAAUCUAUUUGUUGUGUUCAAACCAAUAAAGAACAACACCGUCCUACUACCGGAGAGUUAUUUUCGAACUGUACAAAACUACGAGAAUGGUUGCCUGUGCAUGUCGUACCAUAGCGGUGUCCAUCAUGUAUCCUGGGCUCCAUACGGUAGCAGCAUAACCGACACGGAAAUUGGCAUAAAUUCAACUGUGGCAAAAUCUAUCGGUCUCAAAGAAGGCAGUCUGGUCAAAUGUUCCUUAGUUCAAGAUGUGACAGUGUUAGACUCGCUGUGCGUGACGGCUCAGUCACAGAAAGAUUGGGAAAUGCUGGAAGUCAGUAGCUACCGAAUACAAUCAACGUUACUCGAUCAAACAAAAAUAGUGAACAGCGGACAGAAUUUAGUCGUUUGGAUAAAUCGGGCGAUGUCGAUAACACUGAGAAUCGAUCGCCUCAAACCAAACACGUCAUUCGGUCGAUUAGCCAACAAUACUGAAGUGAUUGUUGCUCCCUAUAAGCACGCAAUUGCCAAAUCGAAUGACAUCAAAACGUUAACCACACAACAAAUCAUCGACAAAAUUCAACCCAUCAAUUCCAAUAUGCUCGCGGAAAUUCAGCAUCAUCGGGACAAUAAACUGGUGCAGCGCGAUGCCAAGCUUUGCAAACUGCAGAGACUGAUCGAGAGCGUUAAGUCACAGAACAACAAACGAUUCCAUUUUCGAAUCGUCAGCAGCAAGUGGAAUGAGUCGCAGAUGUGCGAUCUGUAUCUAACGCGACACAAUCUUCCCGAUCUAUUGGACAUUGACCAGGUGCAUGUCCUGCAAACCGACAACGACAAGGAAUAUUAUGUGAACGUAAAGAUCAUCGGCACGAAUGAAACCUUCCCGCAAAACAUCUAUCCCACCAUCGAAAUGAAUGACAUUUUAAUGACGAAACUCGGUCUGAAGCAAUUCGAUCGGAUUACACUGAAACCGAAGGCGACGGUGUUGAAUUUCAUCGAUCGCAUCGAACUGUUUCCGUCGAAAGCGGUGAACUUCAAACAGGUUCGCGAUAUUGAGGAACGCUUCAAGCAACACAUUUUGGAUAAUACGUCGCUGUAUCCGCUGCUGAUCAAUCAGGGUCAAAUCGUUAAGUUGAAGGACGAUGUGGUGGUCACGGCAAGCAUUUUUCCCGACACAUUCAAAUACUGCUUGUUGGACUCGGCAAUAUUGAAGGAAUGUAAAAUCGCUUGCGCGGACCAGGUGAAAGACUUGUCCAGUCUGUUAGGCAGCGAAACAAUUACUAAUGGCAUUGAGAAUGGACAUCAUCGGGCUCGUCUUGAGAAGUUUGAGAAGAUCGUUGAGAAUUGUGUCGAGCAAAUUAAAAUCAAUUUGUGUCUGGACGAUCGGAACUGUCUUUGGAGAAUGGGGAACAUAUUGAUUUCCGGCCAACAGAAUUCGGGUAAAUCAACCAUUUGCAAGGAAAUACUUGAGUCAUUGUCGAAGAAUCCGUUUUAUUGUCAUUCGGAAGUGUUCUUCUGUUCGCGAAAUAAAGGACGUAAGCCCGAGUCCAUUCAAAAAGACCUUAAACUGUUAUUCACCUCAUGUAUGAUGAGCGCUCCGUCCAUAUUGGUACUGGACAAUCUGGAUACAUUAACCCAAAUUGCUGCUGAAAAUUCUCAGGACGGAGAUUACUACAAUCGAGUGUCCGACGUCAUUCAGCAUCUAAUUUUAGAAUAUACCCAAAACAAUCCAAUCACUGUGAUAGCAACCGUAACCAAUAAAAACAAUUUGAACAAACGUAUUUACUGUUCGAGAGGACGACAUCUGUUUCAGACGCUCGUUCCGAUUCCAGAUUUGGAAAGUGCUGACCGCGAGCAGAUCAUAACGGAACUGUGCCAAAGAUUCAAGACCUACAAAUUAAAUUAUAAAAAAUUCUCCGGCCUGACUGAGGGAUACACGAUUGGUGAUUUGAUGCAGUUUUUCGAGAAGGCAAUCUUUUAUGCUUACCGAACAGAUUCAUCUCUUCCAAUCAUUACGAACGAUAUUCUCACCGAGUCCAUUAAAGUGACCAAUACGUACUGCCUGCAGGGCAUCGAAAACAACAACAAAAUAUCGUCAGCUGAUGAAGAUUCCGAAUCGGAUCGCAUUUCCGGUUUGGAAAGUGUGGUGACCGUUUUGGAAGAAGUGCUAAUUUGGCCGACAAAAUAUCCGACAAUUUUCGAGCAAUCGCCGCUCCGUAAUCAGGCUGGAGUGUUGUUGUACGGUCCUCCAGGUACCGGGAAGACGUAUCUGGUAUCCAAAUUGGCUAAGCUAUGGCACCUACGAAUGAUUUGCGUUAAAGGACCCGAAUUGUUGGCCAAGUUUAUCGGACAGAGUGAAGAAAAUGUUCGAAAUUUAUUCGACAGAGCUCGCAGUGCAAAACCAUGCGUUCUGUUUUUCGAUGAAUUUGACAGUUUGGCACCAAGACGCGGUCACGAUUCAACUGGUGUCACAGACCGGGUGGUCAAUCAACUUUUAACCGAAUUGGACGGAGUUGAAGGAUUACAGGGUGUCAUCGUGAUUGCUGCUACUUCACGGCCCGAAUUACUGGACGGAGCGUUACUGCGUUCAGGUCGUUUAGAUCGAUUGGUUGAAUGUCCCAUUCCCAGUUCAUCGACUGACAGACUGGAUAUCUUCAAAAACUUAUCGCAAUCAUUGAGUUUCGACAACACAGUCGAUCUGAAAUACUUUAGCGAAAAUACCAACAAUUAUACCGGUGCGGAUAUUCAGAGUAUUUUAACGUCAGCCAAUAUGACAGCCGUCAAGGAAUGUUUAGAAAGAGAUCCGGAGAAUGUGCCAGAUAAGAUAUCCAUUUCACAGGAGCAUCUCAUGGAUGCAUUUAUCAACACAAGGCCGUCUCUCUCGCCGAUCGACAUAUUAAAGUAUCAGACAGUAUAUGCCCGAUUCACGAACAAGGAGAAACCAACUAGAGACUUUGUAGCUAAACGGGCGACAUUAGCUUAAAAAUACUUCUUUUGGUGCCGUUUUUUUUGUAUAUUUUUGUUUUGGACUGUGUAGAUGGUUGAACAAUUUUCUUUUUUGGUUAUUUUGUUUUUACUGAAUAAAAGUUUAUUUU